GUUAGUCGACAUACUACAUCCACCCCUGAAUUCCAACGGUAUAUGUAUAAUCAAAGUUGGGCAGCAAAAGCUACAAAGCAAUGAGCACUUAUUCUUCAAACUUCCUACGUUUGCUCUCUUACACAAAGCUCUUAACAUCCCACGUUAAUCAAGCCCGACAUGAACAAGCUCUUUCUCUUUUCUACCAAAUUCACUCUACACUCUCCCUUUCGCUCGACCCCUUCGUAUUUCCUCUUGCUCUUAAGUCAUGCGCUGCCCUUAACUUCUCUCAGCUCGGCACCACCAUUCACGCUCACACAUACAAAGCAUCGUUUACCUCCAACCCCUUUGUUGUUUGCGCUUUAGUCGACAUGUAUGGUAAGUGUGUCUCACUUGUGUCCGCACGCCAACUGUUCGAUGAAUCUCCUGACAGAAAUGUUGUCGUUUGGAACUCGAUGAUUUCGCUUCACGCACAUUCUAAUGAUGUUGACAGUGCGUUAGAACUGAUUCGAGUGAUGGACGUGGAGCCUAAUUCUUCCACGUUUAACGCGAUUAUUGCAGCGUUGGCGGAAACAGAGGAUGGGUUUUCUAAGGCCAUUUUGUGUUAUAGAAAAAUGGAAAGAAUGGGUCUGAGACCGAAUUUGAUUACGGUUCUUGCAUUGUUACGUGCUUGUCUUGGUAUAUCAGAUGUGAAUUUAAUCAAACAGAUUCAUGGGUAUUCAGUACGGAAUGACAUUGAUCCAGACCCCCAAUUGAGGAGCGGAUUAAUCGAGGCUUAUGGGCGUUGUGGAUGUCUUGACAAAGCCCAUCAUGUGUUUGUUAGUAUGAGGAACAGGGAUGUGGUUGCUUGGAGUAGUUUGAUCUCAGCGUACGCGCUUCAGGGGCAAGCAAGAACAGCACUUGAAGUUUUUAAGGAAAUGGAAAUGGCCAAUGUAAGGCCCGAUGGGAUAACUUUCCUUGGGGUAUUGAAAGCUUGUAGUCAUGCUGGAUUAGCUGAUGAAGCACAAAUGUACUUUGCUCGUAUGAGAGAUCGAUAUGGUGUCGAAGCAAGCAGUGAUCACUAUGCUUGUUUGGUAGAUGUAUUGAGUAGGGCGGGAAGAUUGCAUCAGGCGUAUGAUGUUAUUAGGCGAAUGCCAGUGAAGGUGACUGCUAAAGCUUGGGGUGCACUUCUUGCUUCUUGUCGAACUUAUGGAGAAGUCGAGCUGGCAGAAAUAGCUGGAAGAGCUUUGUUUGAAGUAGAGCCUGAGAAUCCUGCUAAUUUUGUGAUAUUGGCAAGAAUUUAUGCUAGCAAUGGGCGAUUUGAGGAAGCAGAAGGACUCAGAAGAGAGAUGAUCAAGAGGGGCAUGAAAGCAGCUCCUGGUAGCAGUUGGGUUGUUCAUCAAGAUUGACUUUUCAGUUGUUUUUUUGGGUGGUGGGGAUGAGGGUUUCGGCAGAGGCGGAUGCAACGUUUUGGCACCGGGUUCAUUUGAACCCAGUACUUUCGACACAGAGCAUAAAUUUGUGUAAAAAUUUAUCAAAAUUGAAAACAAAUAGUAGAUAUUAACCCAUAAUUUUAAAAAUAAGAUGGGUUUAAUAUUAAGUGAAUCCGUAUAAUUUAAAUCCUGAACCUGCCUCUAGUUUUUGGAGGUAGAAGAAAAAGUGAACAUUGUAGCCAAGAGCUCUUCCCCAAUUAGAAAGGCAACUGGUGAGUGUACUAACAAUUUUGAUGUAAUUUGUACAACAGUUUGAAAUAUGAAUUUGGAAAAUUCAUCAAAGAAGCUGCUCUUU